GGUCGCACACAGCAGAUGCCGAUGACUACUAUACCUACAGGACAAAACAAAUUCUAAUGAACAAUUUAUAAAAUCACUAGUUUUUGCUAUAGAAAAUCGAUGUUAGAACUAUAUUUGUAUUCAUUAAUGAGCUCUCGAGCAAUUUGCAGACAAAACUUUGAAAGUCUCGAGUUUUUCGUCUUGUAAUGGCAUGAGAGUUCUGCAUAGUGAUGUUAAAUAAAUAGAAAAACAACUUCUAAUACCAUUUUAUUGUUUUUAGAAGAGAUUUCGAGAAACUGUUUUGUAAGUCUGCACAGUCUCAUAUUUUCGUUGUAUUAUGCAAAACAAAUUCGAGUUCUCACACGCUCGAGCACAUGAAAUUUCAAUGACGCUUUAAAGUGACACCGUUUUCGAAAGGAUUAAGUGUAUUUCUUUAUUUUUGAUCAAUUUCAAUAGAAUGACUGAACUGAAAUUAAAAUCGUUUUAUUUCAGUUUGCUCUAUAAUAAAAAGAUUGGUGAUUUAGUGAAGUACUACGCAUUAUAUGUAUUAAUUUUUUUUUCUCAAACAAAAGAAAAAUAUAAAUUCUUUGUUAUUGAUAAAAUAGUUUAACUAAAUUUCAACAGAAAAUAAUUCAAAAUUUGUAUGAUGAAGAACUACACGAUAUAUAUUUUAAAAAAUCAGAACCAAUGAGAAUGAUAUAGAAAAUAAAAAUCUUCUUUUUUUUCAUUCAAAUUGAUCAACUUUAAGAAUAAUAUCUCUUUUAUUAUUAGAAAUUUUCAUUUUAUCUAUAUUCAGUCAAAGAUUAUAAGAACGUCUUCUAAUGUGUUAUGGACUUUAUGUUGAUAGAAUUAAUAAUCUAGUCAAUCCCUGGAUCAGUGUCUUUCGAUAUGUUGAUUUCAGUUUUUAUCAACUAUUUCGAUUAACUUUUGUUGAUUAUAUAAGUCAGAUAUAUAUUCGAUUGUGAUCCUUACAGUUUCUUUUACCACUAUAGUCCGUUCUUUCCUGUACUAGUAAUUUUUUUUCUUUUGCGUUCUCCAUUUCAUAUCGUUCUUAAUGACCUUCAAGGUAAAAUAAAGAAUAGUAGCGAAGAAUAUUCUCGUAUAUAUAUAUAUAUAUAAAGGCUCUUACGUAAUACUUUAUUUCUAUUAUAUCGAAUUAUACAAAUCAUCUUCUAUCGUUAUUUUUACUAGUAUGUCUUCGUCAUCAUCAUCCAGUGAACUUAUUGGUCAUUGUCUUUGUGGUGAAGUAAAAGUUAAAAUUGAACGUGAAUCUUUAAAUGAUAAAUCAAAUGGUGCAUACUUAUGUCAUUGUGAAAAUUGUAAACGUGCUGGAGGUGGAUUAUGUUCAUAUGGUCUAAGAUUACCCGAAGAUAAAGUUGUUGUAUUAGAUUCAAAAUCAUUAAUAAAAAAAUAUGAUGAUACAAAUACAAAAUCAAAGAAUUUAUUAGAACGUUAUUUCUGUAGUCAAUGUGGAAGUCCUAUUUAUGGAAAAAGGUCAAACUCACCGAACAUACUAACUAUUAAAUUAAGUUUAUUUAGUGGUGAUCAAUUACCGUGUCCAACAAAACAAAUAUUUUGUAAGGAAAUGAUGAAAUGGGAAAAAAAGAUUGAUGAUGCUAAACAUUAUGAUGAAAGUGCAGAAUAA